AUGUCCGGAGACAUGGCGGUGCAGGCGGGCGGAGACGCGCAGCAGAAGCAGCAGCAGGACGUCGGCGGGAACCGGAUUCAGGUGUCCAGCUCCAAGAAGCCGCUAUUCUUCUACGUCAAUCUCGCCAAGAGGUACAUGCAGCAGCACGGCGACGUCGAGCUCUCCGCGCUCGGGCUGGCCAUAUCAACGGUUGUCACCAUUGCAGAGAUCCUGAAGAACAAUGGUCUUGCUGUCGAGAAGAGGAUUAGAACAUCUACAGUUGAAAUCAUUGACGAAACGAAAGCCCGACCAAUCCAAAAGGCUAAGAUUGAGAUAGUACUGGGAAAGACUGAUAAAUUUGAUGAAUUGAUGGUGGCCAAUGCUGGAGAUGCAAACGCAGGAGAUGGCGAGGAACAGACCUAG